GGGUGGUGCUGGGAGAGAGUGUUGGGACAGCUGUACCCAGCACAUCAGGCUGGGCUUUGCUCCACAGUCAGCAUCAUGAGAGAUCAAAUUGACCUGCUGGCCACAGUCACAGUUCUGGGUGUCCUGGAGCAAGCCUAUUUUGCAAUGCAGGUGAUCUACGCCCGUCGGAAGUACAAGGUUUCCCCUCCUGAAACCACAGGGCACCCUGAAUUUGAGCGGACCUUCAGAGCUCAGGCAAACUGCUCAGAGUACUUCCCAAUCUUCAUUUCCCUCCUCUGGGUUGCUGGAAUCUUCUUCCAUCAAGCUGGAUUAACCAGGAAGUGCCUCAGCUCCAGCUGGGAGCAGCUGAGCCCACUCCUGCCUGGAGGAGGAAGCUCUGGCAGCCCUUGCUCCUCUGCUGGAGCCUGGCUGUCCCCUCGUGCUGCUUCUCCUGGACAAGGUGUGACUGCAGUGUGUGGGCUGCUCUACCUCUACACCCGCCUCAGGUACUUCCAGGGCUACGCCGGGGCUGCACAGGGACGGUUGGGACCACUGUAUGCCAGUGCCUGGCUGCUCUGGGUGCUGCUGGGGCUGGCACUGGCUGGGCUCCUGGCACACUUCCUGAGGCCCAGAUCCUCCACAUGGAUGGCAGCACUGGUGUGGCCUCUCCAGCUCCAUGGAGCCUGGUGAGAGGGGCCACAGCUCCCCCAAACCCACUGUUUGCCCCCAGCACAGGGGAACCAGUCAUGUGGCACCAUCUGAGGGAGAAUAUUUCCCUGGCUCUGCAUUCCCUGCAGAAAGGAGAUGGAUGCUGGCACUCCUCUGCUCUUCAGAGAUAAUUUCCCUUCUAGAAAGCAAAUGCUUUCCAGCCCCUGCCCCUGCUGAGGAGCUUCACUGCUGGGCUUUGUAGCACUGUCUGCUCUAAAAGGCCUCUGGCUCUGCCUCAUGGAACACAGAUUGACCCACAUGCUGUCGUCUCUCCUCCUUACUGCUGUAAUGAUCUAUGUUGAAGAAUCAGACCAUGGAUAUAAAAAAUAAAUUCUUUUUCUCACUAGAAA